AUGUCAAUUCUCCGACAGCUUAGCUUCAGCCUGGAAGUUUGCAAACUUCGCAAGGACCAAAAGGCAUAUUCUCUGAUCGACUUCCUCUCGUAUAACUUCUACAUUCCGCUGUUCUUCAAUGGCCCUGUGAUCACGUACAAUACGUUCCACGAGUACACUAGACACCCCAUCCCACUGGACAAGACGCGCCUGGGACACAUUGUGUGGAGUAUGUGCCGUGUAGCAAUAUGGGCUGUCAUCACAGAGGCUGCAUAUCAUCUGCUGUACUUUUGUGAACUUGAGCAACAAAUCUCCAUCUUGGAAAACCUCCCUCUGAUGGAAGUGACCGGGAUAGGAUACCUUCACGUGCAAUUCUUCCACGUCAAGUACAUGGUUCUGUAUGGAUUUUCAUCAACCAUUGCUAUGUUGGAUGGAAUGGAACCCCCGAUGUUCCCGCGAUGUGUCAGCGCUCUGUACAGCUUCACUGCGAUGUGGAGGUACUUUGACAAUGGCCUGCACACCUUCCUGGUCAGGUAUAUCUACAUCCCGCUGGGCGGAUCUCACAAGGGCACCGUACGUCAGCUACUGGCAUCAGCAGCUUGUUUUGGGAUGGUGUGCUACUGGCACGGGGGACAGUACUACCUUAUCACAUGGGCACUUCUCAACUGGGCAGGCAUCGUAGUGGAAUCUAUCGGCGCCAUUGUUGCAAAGACGGCCACGGUACAACAUUACACAAGUCAGCUGUCAUCACCCAACCAGAGGAGGUUGAAAGCACUGUGUAACGCACCCAUCCUUGCCUUCCUCAUCCUGUUCAACUUGGUCUUCCUGGGUGGAACCAGUGCCGGAUACGUGUACUUUGAUAAGUUUUUCAUUUCGGGCUUCCCCUUUGCCACAGUAAAACUCCUGGCUUCCAUGUACUGUUCAGUUCAACUGACUCUAACCUUUGAAAAAGUGCUGUACAGCAAGAGUAAGAUUAAAUAG